AUGGGCGAAUCCACCCACAAGCAUAUCUACGAUGCCCAAAUCGCUGGUCCUUAUGAUCCUCAUACCUUGCUACAGCUUGAAAUGGCUCGCGAGCCGCUCCGAACGGCCUCACCCAUGGAGUUUGACUUGUCCAACGCAGACCUUUAUAUCCAGGCAUUCUUCGAACGAGUCAAUGUCUGGUAUGCCUGUGUCAACCCCCACACGUGGACUCAGUACUACAAUACGGCUGCCUCAGUCAGGUUCCGAGAAGGCCCUGAAAGUUGUGUUGCUCUCCUGGUAUUAGCUCUCGGUUGUGCCGCGCAAUGUGGAAGUAUCUCGUGUGUCUCUCAAAACGAAGAUGCCCCAGGCCUUCCAUAUUUUGCAGCGGCAUGGAGUCUUCUUCCAUCCGUCAUGAUGCGGAAUUCAGUACUUGCUGCCCAGUGCAUAAUUCUCACGUCCGCCUAUCUAUUCUACUUGGUCCGGCCCCUGGAAGCCUGGACUCUGCUGUCAAAUGCUAGUAUGAAAUUACAGUUGCUAUUUGGCAACCCCUCGCGCGUUCCUUCGCAAUGGAGAGAGCUAAGUGUGAGGGUGUAUUGGAAUGCUCUCUUAUACGAGAGUGACCUGCUAGCAGAACUGGACUUGCCGCACUCGGGCAUAGUACACUUUGAGGAGCUCGUCGACCUUCCGGGUCGAUUUGAGGACGAGGACGAGGAUGAAGACGAGGACGAGGAGGAAGAGGAGGAAGAGGGAAUAGACAGCGAGCGUCGAGAAAGUGAGGCUGUCAAUCGGUUCAUGGGCCGUGACGAGCUCUGGUACUUCCUAGCGGAGAUUGCUUUGAGACGCUUGCUCAACCGAUCUCGGAGCUAG